GCGACUUUACCACCUGGAAGCACCUACUGUAGGCACACAGCUAUCCUUACAGACUAUGCAGCUCCACUUUAAAAGUGAAGAAGACGGUGAUGCCUUUGGAGAUGGCAGCACGCAGUGCGGCGCCACCUCGGAGAGUCUGCGUAUGGACGCCCCUGGCCACUACCACAUGUCCAAUCACAACAGGGAGCUGAAAAUCCUGAGCGUCUAUGGAAAAGGGGAGGGCCCACUGGCAGUGGAAGGCCAUGACACCCUCUUUACCACGUCAGAAAUGGAGGCCCUGAACUCGCUCUCUGCGGACCACUGCGUGGCCACGAGCCUGGACCGCGGCAAGCGAUUGGUCUGCCGCAUGGAGCUGGGUGUGCAGCAGCAGCCCCCUGGCACCAUUUCAAUCAAGGUUGAAGAGGAUAUUAGUGGAGAAGACGGCGCCGCCUCCGAGAGUCUGCGUGUGGACGCCGCUGGCUCCUCCCACAUGUCCGGUCACGGCGAGGAACUGAAGAUCCUGAGCGUCUACGGAAAAGGGGAGGGCCCACUGGCGGUGGGUGGCCAUGACACCCUCUUCACAGGGUCCGAAGCGGAGGCCCCGAGCUCGCUGUCUGCGGACCACAGCGUGGCCAAGAGCCUGGACUGUGGUGAGCGGCUCAUUAAGCGUGAGGAGCUGACUGGGCAUCGGGGCGGCCGCAAGAGCCGGCCCGAUGUCUUGUGUCGCAAGAUUCUUCCCAACAACGCCAAGAUGAUCGACAACAUGCGUCACCACUCCGACGAGAAGCCGUACGGGUGUGAACAAUGUGUGGAGGUCUUCGGAGACCACUCCAAACUAAUGCUCCACAUGAGGACUCACACCAGCGAGAUGCCCUACAAGUGUGACCAAUGCGCGAAGAGCUUCGAAGUCCACUCCAGCCUGAAGAGACACAUGAUGACUCACACCGGGGAGAAGCCCUACAAGUGUGUCCAAUGCGUGAAGUGCUAUGCUGAUCGCUACAAUCUAAAGCUCCACAUGACGACUCACACCACCGACGGCAAGAAGCCCUUCAGGUGCGACCAAUGCAUGAAGUGCUUCGGAUAUAGCACCAGCCUGAUGCGCCACAUGAGGACUCACAACAUCGAGAUGCCCUACAAGUGUGACCAAUGCUUGAAGGGCUUUGUAGACCGCUCCAGCCUAAAGAUCCACAUGAUGACUCACACCGGCGAGAAGCCCUAUAAGUGUGAACAAUGCUUGAAGUACUUCAGAGUCCGCUUCACCCUAAAGAGCCACAUGAGGACUCACACUGGGGAGAAGCCCUACAAGUGUCACCAAUGCUUGAAGUGCUACAGAGAAUACUCCACCCUAAAGAGCCACAUGAGGACUCACACCGGGGAGAAGCCCUACAAGUGUGACCAAUGCGGGAAGGGCUUCGGAGCCCGCUCCAACCUGAAGCGCCACAUGAGGACUCACAACGGCGAGAAGCUCACAAUUGGGACCAAUGCGUGUAGUGCUUCAGAGAGAGCUUCAAGCUGAAGACCCACAAGAGGACUCACACCGGGGAGAAGCCCUGUAUGCAUUUGCAGUGCAGAGCCAGCUGCAUUGACCCAAGCAAUUUGGGUGUGCACAUUUUUUAUCAUGAUUAAAGAUGCUUUCCAACUU